AUGGCUAACGCAGAUAUCGAAGCCGCGACGGCUUUAAAAGUACAGGGAAAUAAAGCCUUUGCUAAACAUGACUGGCCGGGGGCGCUGGAUUUCUACACACAGGCCAUCGAGAAAUACGACCAGGACCCCUCCUUCUGGUGUAAUAGAGCGCAGGCUAAUAUUAAACUUGAAGCCUACGGUUAUGCUAUCGCGGAUGCGACCAAAGCCAUCGAAUUAGAUCCAUCAUAUGUGAAGGCGUACUGGAGACGAGCCAUUGCGAAUACCGCCAUCCUCAGUUACCGGGAGGCUCUGAGAGAUUUUAAGGCCGUCGUUAAGAAGGCUCCGAACGAUCGUGAUGCGAAAUUAAAGCUAGCGGAAUGUGAGAAGCUAGUGCGAAGAAUUGAGUUCGAGAAAGCGAUUGAAGUUGCGGAACCGCCAUCUGCAUUCGAGGGGCUUGAUAUUGAUGCGAUCAAGGUCGAAGAGACUUAUGAUGGCGUGGCGCUUGGAGAUGAGAUGACACAGGAAUUCAUAGACGAUAUGAUUGAACGGUUCAAGAAUGGGAAGAAGAUACAUAAGAAAUACGCCUAUAAGAUUGUGAAGAAGGUGAAGGAUAUGGUAUAUGACGAACCAACGAUGGUGGAAGUCGGUGUUGAGGAGGGAACCAAGCUGACAGUUUGUGGGGAUACGCAUGGCCAGUAUUUCGAUCUCCUGGAAAUUUUCAGACUCAACGGUUUCCCCUCGGACAAACACGCGUACCUGUUUAACGGUGACUUUGUUGAUAGAGGUUCUUGGUCAACAGAAAUCGCCCUCCUUCUCUUCUCGUAUAAGUGGUUACGACCGAACAAAUUCUUCCUUAACCGCGGAAAUCAUGAGACAGAUGAUAUGAAUCGCGUUUAUGGAUUUGAAGGAGAAUGCAAGGCCAAAUAUACAGAACGUUUGUUUAAGACAUUCUCCGAAUCCUUCUCUGCGCUUCCUCUCGCCACGUUAAUCGGGGAGAAAUACCUUGUUCUCCAUGGAGGUCUCUUCUCAGACGACAAUAUCACCCUUGAUGAUAUCCGAAAACUCAAUAGACAUGGCCAGAGACAACCCGGUCAAUCUGGACUAAUGAUGGAAAUGUUAUGGACCGACCCGCAAACUGAUCCUGGACGCGGACCAAGUAAACGAGGUGUUGGCUUGCAAUUUGGUCCUGACGUGACGAAACGAUUCUGCGAUAAGAAUGGUUUGAAGGCCAUCAUCCGAAGUCACGAAGUAAGAAUGGAGGGCUAUGAAGUUGAACAUGAUGGCCGGUGUAUUACAGUCUUCUCUGCGCCUAAAUACUGCGAUAAUACUGAAAAUAAGGGUGCUUAUAUUAAUGUUGAUCCGAAAUUGGAGCUUGAAUUCCACAAGUUUGACGCUGUUCCUCACCCGGAUAUCAAGCCGAUGGCCUAUGCUCAAAACUCCAUCAUGUCUCUCAUGUGA